ACUGGGGCUCAGAAGGUGGGGCGCGCGCGCAGCGGCCGGACGGGUCCUGGGGCUACAGUGAGCUCGCUCUCUCGCCCUUGCGCACGCCGGGGCCACAGCCAGACCCCCCCCCCUCCGACGUCCUCGGCGGCCCACGCUACCCCCAACUUCGGCCUACGGCGGCGGGCGACGCGAGUCUCUUUCUUCGAAUCUCCCCCGCACCCACCUGAGCGAGAGCCGCGAAGGUCGACCAAUCGGCGGCAGUGGCGGCCGGAGCCUCUCCGACCGAACCUCCCCCGCCCCCACCUGCGGAGACCGACCAAUCAGCGGCAGCGGCAGCUGAAUUCCUCUCUGACCGAACUGCCCACGCCUCCACCUGCGAAGACUGACCAAUCGGCGGCAGCGGCUACGCGGACCCCUCUUUCCGACCCUUAGCUACAGCAACGGUCCUCGGCUGCGGCUCGCGCGGGACGGUCGGAGCACGGCCUGGGAUGGGGCAGCAGCCGCAUUUCCCGGCCCUGCUCCCCCUGCUGGGGGUCCUGCUUCUGGCCGGGGCAGCCUGGAGCUUCGACGAUCUCCCCGCCAGCCCUAGGGGAACGGAGGAGCCAGCCAACCUUCAGGCUCCCAAAAAGCAAGACUCAGAAGUAUUUCCUGGCAAUGAUUUCAACUACGAAGACUACUGUGCAGCCAAAGCAGUCACUGGUCCCUGCCGGGCAGCCUUCCAACGAUGGUUCUUUGAUGUUGAGAAGAAUACCUGUGCCCAUUUCAUCUAUGGAGGAUGUCGAGGCAAUAAAAACAGCUACCUGACCCAAGAGGACUGCAUGUCAAAAUGUUUCGGCAAGCGCACCUACAACUCAUCUCACCCUGUCAUGCCCCACUCCACCAAAGAACCUCUCUUAUCCCCAGCCGUGGCCUUGGCGGUGCUGCUGGCAGUGAUGGCGGCCGUCCUCCUGGGAGCCAUGGUGGUCAUCUUUAUCAAGAUGGCCCGGAAGAACCAGGCAAGCGCGUUGAGCACGGUGUGGAGCCCUAUCGAUGACAAGGAGUACCUGGUGAAGAGUGCCUACACCAUCUGAGGAGGCUGGGGAGCCCCAUCCUGUGAGCAGUGGCAGCAGCAUCCCUUGGCUUCCGUCUUUUCUAUGCAAGCUGCAACAAGGGCUCAAAAUCUCCUGAUGAAGUGUAAAUAUGAGAAAUCGUUGGGUGCGGGGAAGAAGGGAAAGCAAAUUGUAGAAAGGCUGCGUGUUGGGUUUUUUUGUUUCCUCUUUAGUUUUUUAAGUGCGAUUGAUUUGUGUAUGACCUAUUUUUUAUUCCAAGAGGCAAGCGAAGCACGCUUCUGAGUUUUGUUUGUUUAGGGGGGAGGGGGGCGGUCGGGAAGUGGGGCAUUUUGGUUCAGAAAUAUUUCUAAAGAAACCAAAGCACGGAUUUUUAUUUUAGGAUUCUGAAAGGGGGUAGAGGAAGAAAUGUGAAAGAUGAAUAAAAGUGCCUUCUCUUUGAAAAUCCA